AUGGGGGAUUGGAAUUUCCUUGGGGGGAUAUUGGAGGAGGUGCAUAUCCACUCCACUAUGGUGGGAAAGAUCUGGCUCACCAUCCUAUUCAUCUUCCGCAUGCUGGUGUUGGGUGUGGCGGCCGAGGACGUGUGGAACGAUGAGCAGGCCGACUUCAUCUGCAACACGGAGCAGCCCGGGUGCCGGAACGUCUGCUACGACCUGGCUUUCCCCAUCUCCCUCAUCCGCUUCUGGGUCCUUCAGGUCAUCUUUGUCUCAUCACCCUCACUGGUGUACAUGGGCCAUGCUCUCUACCGCCUCCGAGCCCUGGAGAAGGAGCGGCAGAAAAAGAAGGUCCUGCUACGUCGCGAGCUAGAGCUGGUGGACGUGGACAUGGUGGCGGCUCGGAAAACGAUUGAGCGAGAGGUGAGGCAGCUGGAGCAAGGCAAGCUCAACAAGGCUCCGCUGUCGGGGUCCCUGCUGCGCACCUACGUGGCCCACAUCAUUACCCGCUCCGCCGUGGAGGUAGGCUUUAUAACGGGCCAGUACAUCCUCUAUGGCUUCCAGCUCUCCCCUCUCUUCAAGUGCGAGCGUGAGCCUUGCCCCAACGCGGUGGACUGCUUCGUUUCCCGGCCCACAGAGAAGAGUGUCUUCAUGGUCUUUAUGCAAUGCAUCGCUGUAGUCUCCCUCUUCCUAAACAUCUUGGAGAUCAUGCACCUGGGCUACAAGAAGGUCAAGAAGGGCAUCCUGGACUACUAUCCACACCUGCAAGACGAGCUUGACGACUUCUACUCAAGCAAAGCCAAGAAAGACUCCGUGGUGCAUCAGACAGGCAUUGCUUCCUCCGGCUGCAAUCCCACCAUGGCCUCCGCGCCCAGUGGCUACAACCUCCUACUGGAGCGGGCCCAGGAGGGUCACACCUACCCCCCCCUUAUCAACCCCUCUGCCUUCCUCCCUGUUCAGGGUGAACUGGCUGGUAAACGGAGCGUGGAAGAACUCAAAGAUGCUGCACAUAGCCCGACGGAGCACAACUCCAACUCCAAUAACACCAGCAGUGACAGCCGCUCACCGCCCUGCGACUCAGUGACCCCGCCAAAGCAGGAGGAGCCAGAGGAGUCUGCACACCUUCCCCCUCACAGCGAGGAAGAGAAGAGGGGGAGCCCAGACUCUCCCAGGCGCCCAAGGGACGCAUCUCACGCCUCCUCCUGCCCGACAUUGCUAGUAGGCGCCGGAAGGAAAACAUGGAGGGGCAACGCUCCCUCAAAUUGUUCCACAGUGGUGGAGGGCAAAAGCUCAGACACAGAUUCUUAUGGGGGUGCUAAGGCCAGUGGUGGGUACCAAGCCCGGACUGCAUCGAAAUCAGAACCCAAAAUGCGUCCCUCCACCCCAGACUCACUGGGGGACUCAAGUUCAGGGUCACAGCACAGUCCGAGACCACCCUCUUCCAAUCGCCGACCAUCAUCCACAAGCAACGCAAGUAGUAGGCGAGCCCCUACAGACUUACAAGUCUGA